AUGCCCUGGUCUAGAGCUAGGAGAAUCAAAAGAGGAUGGCUAGACAAGUAUCAGUAUGAUGAGGAGGACAGCACCGCCGGGCCGACUAUCACAACAUUCAUACCUACUAUAGCGGAAACUAUAGCGAACACUACGUUCUUUGGUCCAGGAACAGAUGAUAUUGAAGCAACCACAGAUGCAGGGGUCGCACAUGUAGUAGGAGGGAAGAAUGUGCCGACUAAAGCGAAAGCUUUGUCCAAUAAGAAACUUUUUAUUAUUCUCGCCGUUGCAGCUGCUAUCUUAGUCCUUCUCAUUGCAGCCGUGGUCGUAAUGAUUAUAUUUGUGAGGAAACGAAGGAUGCGUCAAAGACUUGGCGCAAAACUGGACGAAGAAGAACGGUUGAGACAAGAGCGG